AUGAGAAGCGCUGCACUUCGCCAUCUGGUCCUCCCUUUGGCACUGCUGGUCUUCACUGCUAAAACACACGCGGUGGGAAUCUGCGACUGGGACCAGCGGACAUUCACCAAGGAGAUGGGUCAAACCACUUUCCGCACUGUCGUCAGUUGGUAUUAUUCGGGUGGAUACAUUGGCCACAAUGAAUUUAUAUACAACAGAAAACGCCUAGGCUGCUUUAUUGGUACAAAACCAUUUUCAUGUUCGAAUGUUCAUGCUGGAAACGUAAUGCUAACGGAUAUAAUAGUUCCCUGGCUAAAAAACGUCGACAGCAUAUACAUUAAGAGCAGCUACCCCAUGACAAUUCAUAGGAUUGAAGACUACGUGCAGGACAAGACUGACAAAGAGGUUGAAACGGAAGGCAAGAACCUUAUUCAUACUCAAGUGGUGAAGGCUUCCAAAAUGGGUGUCGAAUUCUUCUACUGUUAUCUGGAUGCGGCCACUCCUCGUCUGGCAAUGACGUACAACGUAGAUUGGCGAAACUCUGUGGAAAAAACAACAGAAAGAAUAUUGUCCGAAGAAGUGAUUGAUAUGACAAAAGCAAACGACGAAACAAACGCUACUUCCCCUUCAGUCACACCCCUGCCAGAAUCUGAGGAAAUACCAACAGAAGGAAUGCCGACCGAGGGCGUGAUUAAUGUGACAAAAAUGUACGACGACACAAAUUCUACGUCCUCUUUGAUCGAAUCCCUACCAGACUCUAUGGAAAUACAAACAGACGCAGUACCGUAUGAAGAAGUGAAUGAUGUGACAAAGCCGAACGAAGACACGAAUGCUACUUCCUCUUUGGUCGAUUUUUUGCCAGAUACUGUGGAAAUACUAACAGAAGGUAUGCAGACCGAGGAAUUGAUUGACGUGACAAAACCGAACGACGACACAAAUUCUAUUUCUUCUUCGGUCUCACCCCUGCCAGACUCUGUAGAAAAAUCAACAGAAGGAAUGCCGACGGACGACGUGAUUGACGUGACAAAACCGAACGACGACACAAAGGCUUCUUACUCUUUGGUCGCACACCUGACAGAUUCUGCAGAAAUAUCCACAGAAGGAAUGCCGACCGAGGAAGUGAUUGACGGGACAAAAAAGAAUGACGACACAAAGGCUUCUUACUCUUUGGUCGCACCCCUGCCAGACUCCGUAGAAAUAUCCGCAGAAGGAAUGCCGACCGAGGAAGUGAUUUACGUGGCAAAACCGAACGAAGACACAAAUUCUACGUCCUCUUUGAUCGAUUCCCUGCUAGGCUCUGAGGUUUGGUCACUACGCGAAAUGUCUAAAUUUAAUAUGGGACUGUAUCUCGUUAACACUGGUGCAAAGGAUCUAAUGUCAAUGCACCUGGGAACUGGCAUGGUUGUGUUUGCAACCGUUGCAGCGCACUACUAA